GGUCCAGUGGGUCCGCCUCUGGCCUGUCCCCUGGCCGAAGCCAGCCUGCCAUGGAGGGGGAUGUCCCCGCUGCUGCAGCCGCCUGCUACCAGCCGGCCAGCCCCCCGCGGGACGCCUGUGUCUACAACAGCUGCUACUGGCAAUUGGAUCGUGUGAUGCACCAUUUUAGGCCCUUGGAAUACAGCAAUGAACAGAGUAGACAAAUUCCCUAAUGUUGGCUGAGUGCCUGCUGUGCCCCAGGGGUCCUUUCCUUCUGCCUGCUUCUCUGAUCUCAGCCCAUCACCGUGAAGAAAAUAUUUGGAAGCUUUGUGAAUACAUCAAAAACCAUGACCAGUAUCCUUUAGAAGAGUGCUACGCUGUCUUCAUAUCUAAUGAGAGGAAGAUGAUACCUAUCUGGAAACAACAAGCAAGACCUGGAGAUGGACCUGUGAUCUGGGAUUACCAUGUUGUCCUGCUUCAUGUCUCAAGUGGUGGACAGAGCUUCAUUUAUGAUCUUGACACUGUCCUGCCAUUUCCCUGUCCUUUUGACACUUAUGUGGAAGAUGCAUUUAAGUCUGAUGAGGACAUCCAUCCACAGUUUAGAAGGAAAUUUCGAGUGAUCCGUGCAGAUUCGUAUUUGAAGAACUUUGCUUCUGACCGAUCUCACAUGAAAGAUUCCAGUGGGAACUGGAGAGAACCUCCUCCAUCAUAUCCCUGCAUCGAAACUGGAGAUUCCAAAAUGAACCUGAAUGAUUUUAUCAGCAUGGAUCCUGAGGUAGGAUGGGGAGCUGUCUACUCCCUGUCUGAAUUUGUACAUCGGUUUGGCAGUCAGAACUACUGAAAGGGACAUCUGGAUGUAAACUAUGGAGAAAUUCUAGGACAUGAACAGUCCAGUCCAUCUCUUCAUUUGGGACAGCAAACACUAUGGUACAUUUGACUUGGAAUUAUAUUUUCUUCUUUUAAUUCAGUUGAGUUGAAACAUGAGUGAACAAAAAAAUUAAUAAAAAUAAUUUUUUUGAGGGGUGCCUGGGUGGCUCAGUUGGUUAAGCUUCCGACUUUGGCUUAGGUCGUGAUCUCAUGGUUCGUGAGUUUGAGCCCCGCGUCGGGCUCUGUGCUGACAGCUCAGACCCUGGAGCCUGCUUUGGAUUCUGUGUCUCCUCUCUCUCUCUGCCUCCCCUCCCCCACUCAUGCUUUCUCUCUCUCUCACUCUUUCUCUCUCUCUCUCUCAAAAAUAAAUAAACAUUAAAAAAACUUUUAAAAAUAAUAAUUUUUUUGAUAUGUCAGAUUGAAACUUGAUGCAGUGUCUAUUUGCUAAGAAAUUCCAAUGCUCAUUUGUUAAAACAUGUGACGACUCAUGCCAGUCAUUCCUUCUGUUAUGAUAUAGAUGCGUGUAUUUCAUGUCUAUUUCGGAUGUUUCCUUCCUCUCCCAUUGCCCUGUCAGCUCCUUGAGGGCAGGGCGGUGUCUCAUUGCUCUAUGAACCUCUAAUGCCCCCAGCAGGUGCCCAUAAAAUGUUUGCUGGUGAUUGUGCUGCUGCUUGAAGAGGGCUGAUACUGUGAGCUGAAUCAGCAAUAAGUAUUAGUCUUUUUGGACUACGAUGUUCUUCAGAAAAGACUGCAGCCCUCUCAGGCUUGAGUGUUACUUGGCCUAUUUAUACAUGUUUUUAAAUAAAAUUGAUUUAAAAGUAA